ACAAGGCCUGAGUAUACUCUAUGUAUAAAAUGCCGGUAAAUUAUUCAGCUGAGUUCCACUAAGAAAUUUCAUAAGACUGGUACGGAAUUAACGCUACAUGGCACACUCACCCCGGUUCUCUGCACGCAGCUUGCUAGAAGCGGUAGCGAUAUGUUUGGCAUUUAUUUUAUUGACCGAAAGCGUCCAUGGCAAGACACUGACCUUUUCCGGUAGAGAAUGGUCGGUGCGCAGCACCCAGACCGGAACCAGUCCGGGACCGAACAACUGGGACGAGAACAACGCCUUCCUGGACGACCAAGGUCGCUUACAUCUAAAAAUCACGCAGCGCAAUGGACGCUGGUAUUGUGCGGAAGUGGCCACCAUCCAACGACUGGGCUUCGGCCGCUACUAGUUCCAGAUUGAAGGUCCCAUCGACCGGCUGGAUCAGAGCAUUGUGCUGGGUCUGUUCAACUAUCCGCCACCCGAUGUCGGUCCGGAUCGGACCAAUGAGAUCGACAUUGAAUACGCCAAAUGGGGCUAUGCUAACGGGAAACCGGCCAGUUUUACCGUGUAUCCAUCCGUGGCCGGCCGACCGCAGACCUCAGUUGACCGCUAUCAGUUUGAUCUUGCGCUGUCGGGGACGUAUACGACGCAGUCGUUUGCGUGGCGGAGUAAUAAUAUUUUGUUCAGUGGACAGCACGGGCACCAGAACAAUAACCGUUUGAAUGAGUAUGUCAGUUGGACAUUUGCUCCAGCCAGUGCGGUAGAUGUACCGCAGAGUCCCAUUCCGGCGAUGGUUAAUCUGUGGUUAUUCAAUAUUGGUUUGGCACCCAGUAAUGGACAGGAAGUAUCCACUCCUUUCAGUUCACUCCCUAUUAGUUUAUAUUUGUAG